AUGGAUUUCCAUUAUGACAUUGAUUUUAUUUUUCCAAAUGAUGAGCCUCCAUUUGACUCAUCUUCUGAUAAUGAUGAGAUGGAACUUACUCUAGCUAUUGCCAUAGAAGAAUUAAAGAAUGAAGGAGCAUCAACAUCAUGUCGUCGUUCAGUUCAACCUCGCAGGAAUGCUAGGAAGUAUCGACUGCAUGCAUUGGAAAUGGAAGAAUUGUCCAAGUGGAAAGGUCAAUAUAUUGGUCAUACACGUGAUCCAACGAUAAUUUUGGAAAUCGUGGCGUCUUAUGACCUUUGGAUUUGGCAUGCAUUUUUUGGGUUACCGGGAUCUCACAAUGACAUCAAUGUCCUAGAGCGGUCUUCUGUAUUUUCUGAGCUUGCUGAAGGGUGUGCUCCUCCGGUUAAUUACUCGAUAAAUGGUAAUAACUAUUCGAUGAGGUACUAUCUUACAGAUGGUAUAUAUCCAUCAUGGGCAACAUUUGUCAAAACAAUUCCAGCGCCACAAGACCGUAAAAGACAACAUUUUGCUUCCGCACAAGAGGCGGUCAGGAAGGAUGUCGAACAUGCAUAUGGAGUACUUCAAGUGCGAUUUGCAAUUGUGCGUGGGCCUGCACAUUUUUUCCACCUUGAAAUGCUUAAGGACAUUAUGAUGGCAUGUAUAAUAUUGCAUAAUAUGAUUGUUGAAGAUGAGCUACAUACUUACCUUGGAGCAAAUGACCUUGAUUAUGAUCAAAUCAACGAUAAUGGACCUGAACCGGUGUCACAUAAUCCCACUUAUAACCUUAUGCAGUUCAUUGAAUGUCAUAAUUCCAUUAGAGAUAGAGGAAUUCAUUCUUAA